AUGGAGAAGCAGAGGGCUCUCCCGGCACAACGUUCAUGGAGAAGUCGAGGGCCGGGCCCUGCAGCGUUCAGCCAUCGGAAGGCUUUUUCCCAAGAGCAGUGCCAUGACACCAAGAGACAAGUGCGGGAGUGCUCGAUGAAAGUCGCCCUUCUGUUUCUCUCUUGGGUGCUCUCUGAGCUGGGACUGGGAGCUGCUUCGGAGGAUGCCCAAAGCUGGUGGCAGUGGCCCUGGUCGCUCUUUGCAGGAUUCCGAAAAGAAGACCUUCAAGAGGUCAUUGAGGAGGCCUGUCCGAAGCCAGAAGGUCCUGUUGAAGAGCGUCACGCAGACGCCUUGGAAGUGCUGCUUGCAGAGGAGCGCUGCCCGUUUGUGGCUGCAUUCUUCUCGAGCUCCUCACCGCUGUCCCAGUCGGCAAAGCUUGCCCUGACAGAGCAGAGACUCGCGAGCUCCUUCCCGGCCUUGAGAUAUAUCCGAGUCGAAACUGAGCAGAUGAGCAUUCGCACCUUUCUGCAGUGGGAUAUUAACUACUUGCCCACCUACGUCUUGUUCUGGCCAUCAAACUCAUCAAGCCCCUGGCAGCGCUGGCAAUCCGGAAGGCAUGCCAAUCCGUAUGAUUACGGAGAUGUGUCCGCGUGGAUCGCGCAAGCCACAGGGCUGGUCCCACAGAACAGCUCCCAUCUGUCGGCGGGGCCUGUCCCAGUGCGGGGCAGCCGCUCCUCCCCCCUGGGCUUCGGCUGGGCGCUGGUGGCUAUCGCUGUGCUCCACAGACUUCUCAACCGGCAACCUGUUGAUGGGGCACGAGGCGCAUCGAAAUGCCUCUUCGAGGCUCAAGCAGGCAGUGAAGGAAGCCCCUGGCGCUUGGCCAUGGCAAACGGUGCCCUCAGUGCCCUUGAGCUGCAGUUUCUACGUUCCGGCGGGAAUCCUUUCUUGGGUUUGGUGGGCCCUCAUUCGCCCGAGGCCCUGCUCCAUAUCCUGGGCCUCGUGCUGGUGAUCUUGGACUUCCUAAUAUGGAUCUUGACGCUCGGCCCGGUGUGGAUGCUGCAGAAGACUUUGGCCGGGGUGCCGGAGUUCGCGCGGCCGGUCCGGAAGGCGAAGAUCAACGGCAGCGGCCCGGGCUCGGACGUGUGGCAGGCGACGCAGGCGGCCGAGGAUGGGAAGCUCCUCACGUCUCCGCAUCCAGCGGAGGGCGUCUUCACCGUCUUCCAGAUGCUCGACCGCUCCUUCAAGCGGUAUGCCACGAGCAAGGCGCAGGGCAUCAGACCUCUGCUGUCCUGGAAGAAGGAGGAGGGAUAUCGAUUUCCUGCAAAGGUGUUCGGUCCGACUCAGUGGAGGACCUAUGCAGAGAUGGGCAAGCUUUGCAAGGAGUUCGGAGCUGGGCUCAGAGCGCUUGGCUUGGAGCCGCAGCCUGAAGGUGACUUCGACAGCAUGACUGGGAAGUUCAAGAUUCUCAUGUACGAGGACACCUGUGCAGACUGGCAGAUCUGCGCGUAUGGAGCGCUGACGCAGAACCUAGUAGUUGCCACUUGCUAUGCCACCCUCGGAACUGAUGCGGUCGUCCAUGCGGUCAACGAAGGCGCAGUUACCGCCUUGGUCUGCAACCGAAAAGCUGCCGAGGGGCUCGUGAAGAUGGCCUCCGAGAUGCCUUCCCUGGAGGUCAUCAUCUAUCUGGACAACCUCUGCACGCCGGAUGAGUGCAAGCACCGCCUGACAGCCGCGGGCAGCGUGAAGUUACUGUCACUGCAAGAUGUCGUCGACCUGGGCAAGGCCAACCUCGUGGAGCCUAGCCCUCCGAAGCCGGAAUCUGUGGCAGUUUUGAUGUACACCAGCGGCUCGACAGGGACGCCGAAGGGUGUGGUGCUGCGACACUCGCAGCUUGUUGCCUUUGUUGGAUCUUGUUACAUCCAGUUCGGCGCCUUGAUCUACGAAGGUGGCGAGAUGUUCAUCGGCUAUCUGCCUUUGGCCCACAUUUUGGCGGUCGCUGCAGAGCUGUACUUCUAUUCGACCGGCAACUGCGUGGGCUAUGCCGAUGCCAAGUCCCUGCUUGCAGGUCCCGAGAGGUGCUACCCGCUGGGUGGCCUGCAGGAGUUCAAGCCAACGCUGAUGGCCGGCGUACCCAAGGUUUGGGAGACGAUCAAAAAAGGUGCGGAGGUGAAGGUCGAGAAAAGCGGACCUGUGGUGUCCUUCCUUUUCAAGUUGGCCAUGAAGGUGAAAAAAGUAGCGGUCCGUCAGAACCGGUACACUCCUUUGUUCGACCUUUUGGUUUUCAAGAAGUUUAAGUCCAUGCUUGGUGGCAGCAUGAAGUUUACACUCUCUGGCGGCGGUGCCAUUUCCGGAGAAGUCCAGGAAUGGGUCCGGGCGGCUUUCUCUUGCCCUCUGGUGCAGGGUUACGGGCUCACCGAGACCUGCGGGGGCGCCACGAUCCAGAGCCCCCUGGAUCCCAGCAUCGGGGCCGUGGGCACACCCUUGGCCUCCAUCGAGGUCACUCUACACUCCGAGCCAGAGCUCAGCGACUCCGCCGGCAAGCCUUACCUUUGCACGGAUCAGGCUCACUUCGGGGAUCCUUGCCGCGGCCGUGGCGAAGUCUGGAUCAAAGGCUUGUCCGUUGGAUCUGGUUACUACAAGCUUCCGGACAAGACGGCAGAGGACUUUGACAAGGACGGGUGGUUCCACACAGGCGACAUUGGACUCAUCACGCCAGCAGGUCAAGUCAAGAUCAUUGACCGAAAAAAGAAUCUUGUCAAGCUCAAGGGCGGCGAGUAUGUCGCGCUUGAGAUGAUCAACGUUACCUACAACAACGCAGAUAUCAUCAACGCCGACGCCGGAGGUGUUUGCUGCUUCGCAAGCCACGAAAUCGAUCGGCCGGUACUGCUCGCUCAGUGCAAACGGAAAGAGCUGCUGGAGCUUGCAGCCAAAAGUGGAGUCACUGGAAAAGAUGGCGAAGAACUCUGCAGAGAUCCCAAGGUGAUGGCUGCAGUGAAGGCCGCUCUAGACGUGGUUGCGAAGGCGGGAAAGCUCCCUUCCCUGAUGCAAGCCACGGCUGUCAUGCCCGUGUUGGAGCCAUGGACGCCAGACAACGGCUGUCUCACAGCGACUUCGAAGCUUGUGCCAAAGACAAUCUACAAAGUCCACGAGAAGGCAUCCAACCUCGUCCGCGAGUGCGAUGCUCACCAGUUUCUUGGUUCGUCCGCUCACUCCUGCCAGUUCCACCGGCUUCUGUAG